UUCGCGUAUUCGGUGGUGAAAGUUUGAACGGUGCGGUGUAACUUGCGUCGUUCCAAUGGUAAAUGGGGGAAAUGGUAAUGGCCCUUUCUAGGGAGAGACUGAACUAGAGAUGCAGAUUUAACAUUCAUUUGUCGUAAUGGUUACGAAGUGAGAACGAAUGCAAUUGUGACAGGAUAUAUAUAUACGUAAGUGUACGUGAGAUAAUCUCGCUUUUUUUUGGUGGUGGUGAAACGAAAAAUUGAUUUUUGACGCUACUGUAUUUUUUCGUGACUUUUCUUCUUACAAUUUUCAAUUUUUUGAUUUUAAUUGAAAAUCUGCGGGAAUGAUCACGAACUGAGUUAUAUGAACUACUCAUGAAAAAUUUGCUUCCCCCUGUAUAUAACAGAGAAUUGAGGUUAUGCUAGUUUUUUUAGUAAUAACAAUUUUUUUUAAAUAAUGUGAAUUUAAAUAUAAUUUCCAACAAUGAAAAUUGAAUCGAAAUUGUUGGGAACUUGAAAAACAUGUAACCGUCCGAAAAUGUUCCACAUACGGCUAAAAGUGGCAUUAUUAUUUAUUGUCGGUUUCGUAAUUGGUUUUUUAAUUGCCCUCUUCUUAUCUGUGAUACAACCAAAAAAUAAGCUCCCAACUCACCAUGCCUCACUUCACGAUCUGUACGAACCGUGGUUUGUAAAACAAAACCUGAGGAGGUAUCGAAAAACGUUCGACACACUAAGAUACAGUGGACAAACGUUCCUGACGGAGUCGACGUAUUUAUACAACAAAAUUGAAAUUGCUUGUCUCGUUUUGGUACGUAGAAUCAAGUAUGUUAAGGCAGCGCAAAUGACUUGGGGAACACAAUGCAAUCAUUUAGAAUUUAUAAACUUAAAGCCAACAAAAAAUAAGCUGCCGUCCAAAAAGAAUAUUACGAACUCUGCGUGGUAUUUAUUAUGCAAGAAUUUGAGCAAUUUACCGGACACAUUUCAUUGGGUUUUAGUAUUGAAUGAGAAUACGUUCGCUUUACUUGAGAAUUUACGCUAUUUGGUAGCACCAUUAAAUUCAUCUGCACAAUACUAUUUGGGACACUCGAUGGUGUUUUGGGGUAUAAGGUACAAUUCGGGUCAGGCAGGCUAUCUCAUUAGUAAUGGCACGCUGUCAGCUUUAAAGAGGAAGGUGAAGGAAGAUUCGUGUUCCAGUGAUUCGGUCUUCUGGAAUUUAGAAGAUUAUUAUUUGGGAAGGGCUCUUAGUACGCUGAACAUAACUACGUCGGAUACGAGGGACAAACGCGGUUUGGCUGUAUUUCACGGAUUUAACUUGCAGAAACUUUUUUCACCUGGAAGUAUUGAGCUUUCGAAUUACUUCAAGCAUAGCACCUAUCCGACAUUGUGUUGCAGUACGAGAUCUGUUACCUUUCAAGUGCAAGGGACGAGCAGUAUGUACACUUACAGCUAUUUACUGAAUCAAUUGCAGAUCUUUGCGUCGGGAUCAUACGGAAAUCGAAUGGCAACGACCCCUGUCCCUGAAUACGAGGUGUGGAAGACCUUGCUGCGGGAACACGGUCGAAAUUACACAAAUAUAUCGCCCGAAGAGUAUUACGAAUUUUGGGUGGAUCUAGUCAGCGAUCCAAAUUCUUUCUCUUCAAAAUUGAAAAGCGGAAAUUGAUUGUCGCUAUCACCUUGUUGUUGUUUAUAUAUAUUUUUAUUGAUCUUUUUAACAAUAUAAUUGUGAAUGUUUUGAUUAA